UCUCUCUCAUACACACACACUCUCGAGUCUCAGGACUAUCCGCUGUGGUUCUGAUACCUGCAGAAGACACUCUCUCACACACUCCUGCUUCAAGAUGGCCUGGACUCAUACACCUCUGCUGACACUGCUGCCCAUUGUUUUCAUUCUGAUUGUGCUGGCAGGGGUUGAAAGUGCAACAGUGAGAGAUGGAAAAGACAUUGAACCUAUGAGAUCAUCUAAACAAGUUUUCAUGCCAGCAUCUGAUGCCUCAGACUUCUUCAAACACCGCAGUCGCAGAUCCCCGAAAACCUAUAACGAGUACUAUGCGGAGCAGAGAGUAAAGAUGGGCGCAAAUGAGCGAAGGAGGGAGCACUUAGAGGAACAAAGCUACGAGCGUGAGAACUAUUUUGAAGAGGAGCAUAACGAACAGUACGAGAGGACCAGAGAGAGGAAUGAACAGUGGAGAGAAUUCCACUAUGAUGGGCUUUACCCACAAUACCCUCACCACCGCCCUUAUGUCUAAAUACACCUUGGGCUUCCGUCAGAAAAGUCCCCUUGGUUGGGGAAAAAUGUUAAAGAUCACAUUAAUAUGACCAUAUAUUGUAAUUAACAUAGCAAUGUAACAGAAGCACUUAUAUAUUGAAAUUCCUUAAUACAUACAUUUUAAGAGAGACUGGGUGUUUUUAACAUAAAUUCUUUCCAUUCUAAUCUAGUUUAGUCAUUUAUCUUAAAUGUAACAAUUUCUUUAUUGGAUAUUACAUUGUCAAGUCAAAACAUUCAUGAUUCUUUUUUCCAAAAGUAACUGCUUAUCCCAGUAAUAAAGCUCUCA